AUGUCAACUUCAAUCCCGCAUGAUAUCCGAAAGAGUUUCCUUUUCUCUCUUCACGCAUUCUCAUUCCUUUCAAUGAUUAAUGCAUCCAAUCAAUCAGGCCGCCGUAUUCUGUCAUUCCCGGCGGUUCAUCCCUGCGAGGGCGUGUCUCCGGCCGCCCUUCUCGCUUCUCUGAUCUCUCUUUCUCAGGCUAUAUGCAGUUUUCAAUCCAAGUUCUUCCCAACCCAACGUCGAAACUCCAGAGAAAUAAUUCGCCAACUUGGUAUCAUCCUCCUCUUCUUCGAGGAAAUUCGAGACCGUGGUGUUCCGAUAAGCGACUCUGUUGCUCUCUGCUUCUCCGAACUUCACCUCUGUCUCCAAAAAAUUCACUUUCUACUCUCAGAUUGUACUCGUGAAGGUGCUCGGCUAUGGAUGCUGAUGAAAUCGGAACACGUCGCCACUCAAUUCAGGGUUCUGACUCGCGCUUUGGCCACUGCUCUUGACGUUUUGCCUCUGAGCAGCAUAGAGAUUUGUGAUGAAGUAAAAGAGGUAGUGGAAUUAGUAGCCAAGCAAGCUCAGAAAGUGAAGCUUGAACUAGACCCGCACGAUGAACAUGCCACCACGCAGGUCCUUUCAGUUUUGAAUCAGUUCGAGAGAGGAAUGGAACCCAACUUGAGCAUCAUGAAGCGAACCUUGAACUACUUGGGGAUAAAGAAUUGGAAUGAUUGCAACAAAGAGAUUAAAUUCUUGGAAGAUGAAGUCAACUUCAACUCCUCCGAAGGUGACGAGGGGGAGGUCCCUUUUCUGAGUAACUUAGUUGGGUAUUUAUGCUAUUGCAGGGUAGCGAUAUUCGAAACUCUGGAUUUUCAACAAACCGCCACCGACCCAUCGGAGACAAGAUGUAGCACGGAGAUGAUUAACUUCUUAAACCCACAGGACUUUCGAUGUCCGAUCUCUUUACAACUAAUGGCCGAUCCUGUGACUUUAUCAACGGGUCAGACGUAUGAUCGGGCAUCCAUUCAGAAAUGGCUCAAAGCUGGAAACAGGACAUGCCCGAAAACAGGGGAGAAGCUCACAAACACAGAGCUCGUCCCAAACACGACGCUCAGAAAGCUAAUCCACCAGUUCUGUGCUGAUAACGGAGUUUCCACCAGCAAGUCCGGUCACCGGAGUCGCGACAUAACGAGAACCAGUGUCCCCGGCAGUACAGCUUCAGCACACGCCAUGCAAUUUCUUUCAUGGUUCAUUGCCAGGAGGCUUGUGUUCGGAACAGAUGAGCAGAAAAACAAGGCAGCCUACGAAAUUCGUGUUCUUGCAAGGUCCAACAUUUUCAACAGAGCGUGCUUGAUUGAGGUGGGAACAGUGCCUUCGUUGCUCAAUCUCUUGGACACUAACGAUAAAUCAACGCAAGAAAACGCAAUCUCUGCUCUUCUGAAGCUGGCAAAGCAUACCAAUGGACAGAAAACUAUAAUGGAAAGCGAUGGAUUAACGCCAAUCCUUACUGUUCUCAAGAAUGGAAUUAGUUUGGAAGCUCGUCAAACCGCAGCUGCUAUAAUAUUCUACCUUUCUUCCACUAAAGAAAACAGGAAAAUAAUCGGAGAAAACCCAGAAGCAAUCCCAGCUUUGGUAGAACUAAUCAAGGAAGAAACAACAGCCUUGGGGAAAAAGAACGCCACAGUCGCCAUUUUUGGGCUUCUCCUGCUUCCUCAGAAUCAUCAAAAAGUGCUUGAAGCCAAUGCUGUUCCUGCACUAGUUAACAUCUUAUCUUCAUCAGAAAAAUCUGACCUGACAACAGAUUGUUUAGCAGUUCUUGCGGCGUUGGCGGAGAACGUGGAGGGAGCAAAAGCUGUGUCAAAAGCUUGUGCUUUGCCUUUGAUCGUUGGGAUGUUGCAGAAAAUAACAUGGAGGACAGGGAAAGAACACUGCGUAGCAAUUUUGAUGUCGCUGUGCGUUCAUGUGGGAGAAGAAGUAGUGAGUAUUCUGGCGAAGGAUCCUUCAUUGAUGCCAUGGCUUUACUCGCUGCUCACCGAUGGAACUUCUCAUGCGGCCAAGAAGGCGCGUUCUCUCAUCAAACUUCUUCACGAAUAUAACGACACUAGAACUUCUCAGUGGCUUAGUUCCUCCGUUCUGCCAGAACGAUCCCUUCACAUUUGGUGAAUACAGAACACAGAUUACAGAUUACAGAUUACAGACACUCCCGUGUAAAUAGUAUACCAAUUGAUGUAAUACGAAUUUGGAAACUAUGGAAUUGGCUCCAUGCUUUUUUUUCUCCCUCCUCAAGGAGCGAAGCUCAUUGAGUAGUCACUGUGGAUGAAGUUUAGUGAAAAUAAAUCCCAGAAUCAUAUACUUGGAUUCAUUUCAGUUAAUAACAUGUUGGGUUUGCUUUUAGCUCAA